AUGUCUUUGCAGGAGGCCCUUGAGACCUUUCGGCCGAGAUGUUUUGAGCUUGGCUUGCCCCUGCGACCUACUCUCUUCGAAACGAAAGAAGAUGCUGAAACCCAGAAGGCCGACGAGAACACGGAAUCUGGGGCGCAGUCCACAUCGCCUGAACAACCUCGCCUUGCUACGCAGAAGCUUUACCUGGCAACUUCGGGCGGCGUCCAAGGUGUUCUUCAGCUUCACAAGGCUCUGGACGAUGACAUGGAGGGGUAUGCGUACAUGUGGCGAACCCACGAGAUAUGGCCGGAGCAGCAGGGCAGUCAACUGUCAGCUGCCUGGAAAGUUGACAUCGGAAUACACUUCAUCCGCAGGGAUGACUACAGGGGAAAGGCGGACCACGUUCCUGGGGACAGACCUCGCCUUCCCUUCGACGCCCUCACCACGCCUGGUUUCUUCUUUGCGGUUGGAGUUGGACUACAAGUGCGCGGCUGCAAGCCAGAGCUGCAGCUAGCAGCGCUGCAGGCCCUCGAGGUGGUCUUGUCCGCCUGUGUUCCACCAGAUCUGGACUUGGAUCUGCUACCGGGCCGGUCCGAGUGUGCCCGGGCUGCGUGUUUUUCUCAGCAAACACAACUCCCUAGUGGCAUCGUGCUCAGGUUUGAUACGUGUUCGCCAGAACGAAGUUGA